AUGACAUAUAUAGCACUCCUCCUCCCUCCCCAGGAAUUGUCUAACAACUACACGAUCAUGGCUCCGAAAACUCUCACAGAUAACCACCCCGUCGUCCUCUCCCUCCGCACUGCAGCCCUUCUCACCUCCGCCGCGGGCUUCAUCUCCCUCGCCUGGUCCAUCACACACCACGAAGGCAUCUCCGACGACGGAGCGGGGAGCAUCAACUCCGUCGUCUUGGGAACCAUCGCAUACGCCUUCCUCUGGUCUCUCGUCGCCCUGACAAUACGACUAAUCCCCCGACGUAUCCAUCCGGGAAUAUACCUCGCGUUUGACAUGAUUGCGUUCCUGGCGAAUGCGAUAACGGGGAGUAUCGGGCUGGCGGUGCUGGCGCCGGUGAUGGAGGGCGGGUAUAGCUGCUACUCUACAGGUUGUGACGGGGAUGCAGUCCUCCGAGUGGAGAUUUUUGCGUAUGUGGUUGUGUUUGUGAAUGUGGUGGUUCAUUUGAUGCUCGUGGUUUGGGCUUCGUGGGCUUGUCAUACUGAGAGAAGGGGGAAGAGGACGGGGAAGAAUGGGUUGGAGGAGAUUGAGCUGUAG